CCCCAACUUAACACCACAUAACCCAAAAAAAAAAAAAAAAAAAAAGAGCAGCAAAGAAAACGCUACCACCCAAAUGGCGGCAGCAGCAUCUUCUCUGACAACACCAAAACUCACCUCCCCAUCUCUCCAAUCCCUCUACAGAAAACUCCCCCUUUCCUUCCCUCUCUCCCCCUCCUCUUCCUUCCUCCCUCUCCCCAAAACCCCAACCACCACCACCACUUUCCUCUCCUCCCGCCGCCCUCUCUCUCAUCACCACCGCCGCCAUCACACUACUCGUGCGGAAGCCGAAAACGGCGCUGAACCUUCCCGCCACUAUGACUUCGACCUCUUCACUAUCGGUGCUGGCAGUGGAGGCGUCCGCGCUUCUCGCUUCGCAGCCAAUUUCGGCGCUUCUGUUGCCGUGUGUGAGCUUCCGUUCUCCACUAUCUCUUCGGAGACAACCGGAGGCGUAGGCGGCACGUGUGUGCUUCGUGGAUGUGUACCGAAGAAACUGCUUGUUUAUGCGUCGAAAUAUGCUCAUGAAUUUGAUGAGAGUCGGGGUUUUGGAUGGAAGUAUGACAGCGAACCACUUCAUGAUUGGAAUACUUUGAUGGCUCACAAAAAUGCCGAGUUGCAGCGCCUGACCGGUAUUUAUAAGCACAUUCUCAAUAACGCUGGUGUCACUUUAAUUGAAGGCCGCGGGAAGAUUGUUGACCCACACACAGUUGAUGUUGAUGGAAAGCUCUAUUCUGCACGGCACAUACUUAUUUCUGUUGGAGGACGCCCGUUCAUUCCUGACAUUCCUGGGAGUGAAUACGCGAUUGAUUCUGAUGCUGCACUUGAUUUGCCAUCUAAGCCGGAGAAAAUCGCCAUAGUUGGUGGAGGGUAUAUUGCGUUAGAAUUUGCUGGAAUUUUCAAUGGCUUGAAGAGCGAUGUUCAUGUAUUUAUAAGGCAGAAAAAAGUAUUAAGGGGAUUUGAUGAAGAGAUCAGAGAUUUUGUUGCAGAACAGAUGUCUCUAAGAGGAAUUGAGUUCCAUACAGAGGAGUCACCUCAGGCUAUUAUUAAGUCAGCUGAUGGUUCAUUGUCACUGAAGACCAACAAAGGAACAGUUGAAGGCUUCUCACAUGUCAUGUUUGCCACUGGACGUUGGCCUAAUACAAAGAACUUGGGACUGGAGAGUUUGGGGGUAAAAAUGACCAACAAUGGAGCAAUAGAGGUUGAUGAAUACUCGUGCACCUCAGUUCCUUCCAUUUGGGCAGUGGGAGAUGUUACAGAUAGGAUAAAUUUGACUCCUGUUGCUUUGAUGGAAGGUGGGGCAUUGGCAAAAACUCUCUUUCAGAAUGAGCCAACAAAACCUGAUUAUAGAGCUGUUCCAUCUGCUGUGUUUUCUCAGCCUCCAAUUGGACAAGUUGGUCUUACGGAAGAACAGGCUACAAAAGAGUACGGUGAUAUUGAUGUCUUCACAGCAAAUUUCAGGCCUUUGAAGGCUACUCUCUCAGGGCUUCCAGAUCGGGUCUUCAUGAAACUAAUAGUCUGUGCUAAGACAAACAAAGUUCUUGGGUUGAACAUGUGUGGAGAAGAUUCACCUGAAAUCGUGCAGGGAUUUGCAGUUGCAAUCAAAGCUGGCUUGACCAAGGCAGACUUUGAUUCCACAGUGGGUAUUCACCCAACAGCAGCUGAGGAAUUUGUUACAUUGAGGACUCCUACUAGAAAGAUUCGAGAGCGUCCUCCAGCUGAGGGGAAGGCAGAUCACGAUGUUAAAGCAGCAGCAGGGGUUUAGCGUGGGUUUACUUUGUCAUGAUAGCCCUUUCAAGGCAGUCACUCCGGAAAAUAGCAGGCAAAAUAUCUGCUUGUAGAGUAGCCAAGGAAUGUUCGGAUGUUGAUAUCUGAUUACAGACAUCAUUUGAAGCGUAAAUGGUGGAAGUUCAUGUUGGGGUCAUUGGUGAACAUAAGCAAACGAUUAAAAAGCUUUCCAAAGGAAUAAUAAUCAUAAGGCAGUGUGUUUGCUCUUACAAAUGUGGAAAUGAGUGGGGAAUUGCAAUAAUAUACAUGUUAGGAAUAUCUGUUUCCCUGUUUUAUGUUUUUUUUCCCCUUUCGUUUUGUUUGUAUACUGAAACAGUAUUUGUUUAUUUGAGAUAAUUUAAGGAUGUAUAAUAUCAUCUCGCCGCCGUCUCUCUUCACUCUCGUACCUUGUGGGGGAAAAGAAAGUAGAAAGUACUAACAUGGGAGCAGAUCAAUGGGAUUGAAGCACAAAGCUGAACUUGCUAAUCAAUUACCAACAAAGGCAAAACAAGGAGGGAUAUCGAGUAAGCACAGUGAUUAACCUAAUAAAUGCUUGGCUGAUUCUUCAACCAAAUUGUGGCCUCAAACUUGAAACAUAAGUUGCAUCUUACUGAUUAAUUGGAUGGAAAAAGUUAUCGAAUUAAUCUAUGGGCUGUUAUAACGA